AUGCCCAAAAAAGUGUGUAUUAUUGGCGGUGGAGCCGCUGGACUUGUAAGUGCUCGAGUCGCUUUGCAGUAUGGUCUUGAAGUCGAUAUAUUUGAACAAACUUCGAAAAUUGGAGGAACUUGGGUAUAUUCGGAUGAAAUUGGAUGUCAUACAUCGAUGUAUAAAAUUAUGAAGUUAGUUGAAUCACCUUGAUUUAAUUGAAAAAGAAAAUCAAUUUAGAACAAAUCUUCCAAAGGAAGCAAUGUUGUUCGAAAAUACUCCAUUUGAUGAUAAUCUUCCAAGUUUUAUGUCACAUGAAGAUGUUCUUGAAUAUUUGGAAAAAUUUGCUGAAAGUUUGAAAAUUCCAAUUCGCUUUGAAACGAAAGUUGUGAACGUUGAAAGAGUUGACGAAUCAUGGAAAGUAACUUAUAUUCAUAAUUCGAUCGAAGAAGAUGGAUUAUAUGAUGCUGUUUUAGUGUGCAAUGGACACUUUUUCGAACCUCUAAACCCCUAUGAACCUUCUGUUUUUCAAGGCGAAAUUUUGCAUAGUCACGAUUAUCGCAGAGCUGAAAAAUAUAAAGGGAAACGGGUGGUUAUUAUUGGAGCUGGUCCAUCUGGAAUCGAUAUUGCAAUGCAAGUUGAAAAAUUCGCGGAAUCAACAACUCUUAUAAGUAAAAAAGCAACUUAUACAAUAGACGAAUCUGUAAAAAUCCGUCAAAUUCCAUUUCAUGUGAAAGAAAUACAGAAAAACAGCGUUUUGGUUGAAGAAAAAGAAGAGAAAAUCGAAACUGAUGUGAUUAUAAUUUGCACUGGUUAUAUUUUCAAAUUUCCAUUUUUAUCAGAAGAUUUAAUUGAAGUGAAACAUAAUGGAAUGGUAGUUUCGCCGUUGUGGAAUCAUUUAUCACAUGUCAAUUAUCCGGAUAGUUUGUUUUUCAUUGGUAAGAAUAAAUCAGUAGUAUACAGUAUGAAUAUUGAUUUAUUUUAGGUCUUCCUUUGGCAACUAUAACUUUUCAAUUGUUCGAAGUUCAAGCAAAAUAUGCAUCAGCAGUUAUAACUGGACAUGCUUCUUUACCUUCGCAAUCCGAACUUCUUGAUUUUGAGAAAAAUCGUCUGUCAAAAAUCGCAUCUGCCGCCCAAUAUCAUUGUUUGGUUGAAGAACAAUGGGAAAUGUUAGAUGAAUUAGCGGAACUUGGAAAUUUCGAAAAAUGGAAAUAUUUAGAAACAAUUAGAAAACUUUACAUUUAUAUUAUAACAGAACGACGAAAAAAUGUUGUAAAUUACAAAAAUGUGAAUUUCAAAUUGAAUUCAGAUGAAACUGAUUUUGAAGUUGUUUAG